GUUUGUGUGUGUGUGCUCACACCCAUAAGUGUGACUGUGCACACAGUUGUCUUUGAGAGAGCGAUAAUAGUUUUUGUUUUUCUUUCAGUAGCCAAAGUUUAAACCACUGCUUUUUCUUUGAUUCUAUCGCUUUUAAGCUGAUCUUUCUUAACACAGGAUAAUAAAGCAGUAAUGUCCUGAAGAAUGCUGUUUAAUUAAUUAGCAUCAGCCUCUCCUACAGCUCUGGAAGGAUACCAGUUCUGUACCACUCCUGGAUGAAUCAGCCACUUGAGCAAUUUUGUGUUCUGUAGUUCAGAUGAGAAUCCCCGUUGAGAACUUUGCAAAAUGCUAUUUAGACUUUGAGUUACUCUACAAACGUGGUAUACCUCUAGUUUGGAGCUGUAUUGUAAAGACAAGAGCAACAUUUUCAUAUUAAAGUUAAAUCAAGUUAUAACUUUGAAGAGAGGUUCUGGAAGACACGACACAAAGCUGCUAGCAGAAAAUCAAAAAACUGAUUAAAAGAAGCAAGGUAUGAUGACCAAACAUAAAAAGUGUUUUAUAGUUGGUGCUGCUUUAAUAAUAAUAACUAAUACUAUUGCUAUAUAUAUAGUUAAACUAAUUCAAGAUUCUCAGAGUUUUUGCCCAUAUGGUUGGAUUGGUUUCCAAAACAAAUGCUAUUAUUUUUCUAAAGAAGAAGGAGACUGGAAUUCAAGUAAAUACAACUGUUCCACUCAACAUGCUGACCUAACUAUAAUUGACAACACAGAAGAAAUGAAUUUUCUUAGGCGAUACAAAUGCAGUUCUGAUCACUGGAUUGGUCUGAAGGUGGCAAAAAAUCGAACAGGACAAUGGGUAAAUGGAGCUGUAUUUACCAAAUCGUUUGGCAUGAGAGGGAGUGAAGGAUGUGCCUACCUCAGUGAUGAUGGUGCAGCAACAGCUAGAUGUUACACAGAAAGGAAAUGGAUUUGCAGGAAAAAAAUACACUAAGUUAAUGUCUCUGAUAAUGCGGAAAACAGAAAAUAACAUUAUUAAGUGUAAAACAAACAAAGCAUUUUUUUAAUUAAACAAAGGUGAAGUUUUGUA